UGAGUGAGUCAGUAGCUAAUAGUUUUGUGUUAAUUAAGAUGGUAUAAUGGGACCGGUGCAGUGGAUGGAGAACGUGAACCCGGGUUUAGCGUCGCUGCUCCGUCACAGCACGGGGGAGAAUAAGAAGCGAAGCGGAGGAGGGGGGCUGUUGAGAAUGCUGAAGCUGUUUCCGAUGCUGAGUUCGGGGUGCAAAAUGGUGGCACUGUUGGGGAGGCCGAGGAAAAUGCUGAAGGACAGUGCGACGACGGGUACGAUCUUCGGUUACCGGAAGGGGAGGGUGAGUCUGGCCAUACAAGAGGACACGCGUGAAAUGCCGAUAUUCCUCAUAGAGCUUCCGAUGCUGGCGAGCGCCCUGAACAAGGAGAUGGGUUCGGACAUAGUGAGGAUUGCGCUGGAGAGCGAGACGAGGACGAACAAGAAGAAGCUUCUGGAAGAGUUCGUUUGGGGCGUGUACUGCAACGGGAGGAAGGUUGGGUACUCCAUCAGGCGGAAGCAGAUGAGCGACGAUGAGCUCCAGGUGAUGCAGCAUUUGCGAGGGGUUUCCAUGGGAGCUGGGGUGCUCCCCUCCGCUUCUGAUCACAAGGAGUGUGAUGGGGAAAUGACUUACAUGAGGGCUCGCUUCCAGAGGGUCCUUGGCUCCAAGGAUUCCGAAGCCUUCUAUAUGAUUAACCCUGAUACUCAUAAUACUUCUCAUUCUCAAGGCCCCGAGUUCAGUAUCUUCUUUCUUAGACCUCACUAAUUAUUAUUCAAUCAUUACAAUUCUAACCUUCUUAUAUGCAUGUAACCUCAACCUUUUCAAUUCAUCCUCAUCCUCAUGCUUUCCAAUAGGAUACCUUUUUUUAUUCAUUCUC